UAUUUACUCUCCGACAGAGAGUAAAUUUACUCUCCGACUUUAAGCCCCUGUAUAAAUAACAGACACGUACACGUAUAAUAUAUAUCCGGAGACCUUCUUCCGGCCCGUUGAGUGGAUUCGUAAAGCGUUGGCCGACUACAUCAACGUUUCCUUAAUCUCCUCCGGAGCUUCCUCAACAUAUAUACACUCCGAUCAUGGCCGACGCCGAGAAGGAACGUACAAUGGAGGAAACUUCAACGUGGGCAGUUGCGGCGGUGUGCUUCGUGUUGCUUGCCAUUUCAAUCUUCAUUGAAUAUAUCAUUCAUGCUAUAGGAAAGUGGCUAAAACACAAACGCAAACGAGCUCUUUACGAAGCGCUUGAAAAGAUCAAAGCAGAGCUUAUGCUGUUGGGAUUCAUAUCCUUGCUCCUAACAGUUCUACAAGAUUACAUUUCUGAUAUAUGUAUACCCAAGAAUGUUGGAGCCACUUGGCAUCCCUGUGAGAAUGGGAAGAGUGGGACAACUAAGAAAAAUUCCGAAGAUUCUGAGGAUAGUACUCUUGGUCGGAAACUGCUCCAAUUUUUGGAUUCUAACUUCAGUGCCCGUCGAAGACUGGCAACAAAAGGAGACGACUAUUGCACAAAAAAUGGAAAAGUGGCGUUCAUGUCUGCGUAUGCGAUUCACCAGCUCCAUGUGUUCAUCUUUGUGUUGGCCGUUUUUCAUGUGGUGUUUUGCAUACUCACCCUGGCUUUGGGCAGAACGAAGAUGAGAAGAUGGAAGGUUUGGGAGGAUGAGACAAGAACACUUGAAUAUCAAUACCAUAAUGAUCCAGAGAGGUUUAGGUUUGCAAGGGAAACAUCAUUUGGGCGAAGGCAUUUGAGCUUCUGGAGCAAGUCAACGGUUUCUCUUUGGGUGGUGUGUUUCUUCAGACAAUUCUUCAAGACAGUUACCAAGGUUGAUUACAUUACACUGAGACAUGGAUUUAUCAUGGCACAUUUGGCACCCGAAAGUGAAACAAAGUUUAAUUUUCAAAAAUACAUCAAGAGAUCACUUGAAGAGGAUUUUAAAGUCGUGGUGGAGAUCAGUCCAAUCAUAUGGGGCUUUGCAGUGCUUUCCCUACUGUCCAAUGCAUAUGGAUGGCAAUCUUAUCUAUGGCUACCAUUUCUCCCAUUGAUUGUAAUCCUCUUGGUGGGGACAAAGCUACAAGUGAUCAUUACGAAAAUGGGGCUAAGAAUUCAAGAGGGAGGAGAUGUGAUUAAGGGUACACCUGUGGUAAAGCCAGGUGAUGACCUCUUCUGGUUUGGACGCCCUCGAUUCCUUCUCUUUCUCAUUCACUUUGUUCUCUUUCAGAAUGCAUUUCAACUGGCCUUCUUUGCGUGGAGUGUGUAUGCAUUUACCAUAGAUUCUUGCUUCCAUAAGCGCACUGCGGAUAAGGUCAUCAGACUCACAACGGGGGUCGUCGUAGAAGUUCUAUGCAGUUAUGUGACUUUGCCACUCUAUGCUCUAGUGACUCAGAUGGGGUCUUCCAUGAAACCCACCAUCUUCAAUGAUCGAGUGGCAGAUGCAUUGAGAAGCUGGCAUCAGUCGGCGAGAAAGAACACAAGGCAAAGCCAUCAUCAUUCAGAGACUAACUCACCAUUUUCAAGCAGGCCAGCCACUCCCACACAUGGACACGGCAUGUCACCAGUUCACCUCUUGCAUAGCUAUCAGCAUGGCAGCCUCGACAGCUUGCACACGUCCCCAAGAAAGUCCAACGUUGAGAUUGAUCGUUUGGACGUAGAAGACUCGGUGCAUAAUUCUGAUCAGCAAGAGACGGAAAUUCAAGAGCAGAGCUCAUUCCAAUUGCCGCAAGCACCGGCAGCCAUUCGUACCCAACAUGAAGUCAACAUUAGUCUCUCGGAUUUCACUUUUCGCAGAUGAAUAUCAGAAUACAUAUGAAGCCGACCAAAUACCAAUACAAUUUGUUGCAUACGAGAAUGUCGCGCUAACUUAUACCACGGUGUAUAUUUUUAUUUAUUAUUAUUAUUAUUAUUAUUAUUUUUUUAUUUUUUUUUUUGAGGUAGUAAUCUUCUUUUGUUAAUUAAUGAAGCUUUGCAUUGUUUUGUAAAAAAUAAAAAUAAAGAAGUUUGAGUGAUGGCCGACAUUUUGACCAUAUUUAGGGUAUUGGACUGGAUGCAAUUUUUGUUUAGGCCAUUUAUUUUAGGGUUAAAUCCUUUUGACUCUGUGUAAUUUAAAGACUUUAUUUUUUAUUUUUUGUUUCAA